AGAAACCCAUUUGCCCAGCCUGAAUCCCGUGUGCACAGGACCAGGACAAAGUGAAUGGACAGAGACUGCUUCUAACUUCUGACCAGACGGUGUGGAGAAUCUUUGAAUCAGGACUUCAGCUCGAACAUAUAACCACGUACAUUGGUGAGUAGUUACUGGUUUAUUCUUUUAUAUGCAGUGUUUAGAAUGUAGUGAGAAUCAAGGGUAGAGUAUGAAAGAGGACUUCUUGAUAAUUCAUGUACAUUGAGGACACAAUUAGUUAAGUCAAGAGAGAUUGACCGCUGAACUAAAAGUGUAUUGACUAUUAGGACUUUAGGUAUGAAAAAGGACCUCUGGAUUCCUAAAAAAGUCGGAGUAAAUCGUGUAGUGUUAUGACGUGCCAGUAGAGUCUAUUGGACUAGUUACACGGACUUGUAUAGCUCAACAGGUACGGGCAUACUCGGAUUUAUGUUUUAUGUUUGUUUUUGAGAGGGUUUGGUACACCUGUUUUGUCUUUGUUUUUACUGUUUGGUUUAUAAGUCACGAUAAGGGGGCAAUAGGAUAAGCCUCUUAUUUAACUGUCCACAUUAGGUGGUACAGAUAAGGAACAAUCAGACAAUAAGUUCCAGUUAAGCCCAAAUAGCACAUACAAAAGUGUAAAUUAAAUGUGCAAUAAACCAAAAUAAAAGUCUAUGCUUCGUUAAGCAUAGCUUUAAACACGGAAUAUUGGUAAAAACAAGACAAAACUAAAAAGUGGUGUUGUUUUGUUAGUUUUGUGUUUUGUUGGGAGUCUGAUCAACUCCAAAUAUGUUAGAAGCUGACCCUCAAUGUCAUCAAAUGGAUGACUGGAGAAUAUGGAACAUAGACUAUGUGUUAAAACAUGGCAAAAAGGGAAGCUAUGUACAGAACAGUAAUGUACAUGUUCAUGUGACAGGUCAGGAGUGUGUGUCUCGUAAGAAGAAAAAGACAAAGGCGAUUCAAAACUGGUAGCCCACAAAAAAACAAAAAAACUGUAAAAUUGAAAGGUCACAUUAAAAUGUAAUUAAGAAGUUGCUUAUUAAUGAUUGUUUGAGUAAUUCUGAUUUUGCUUAAGCGUGGAGAUAAAGUAGCAUCUUAGAAAAACUAUGUACUAAGAACCAGCAUGAAUACUUAUUGUCUUGCCUCGAUCAUAAGAGGGUUUGAUAAGGGAAAGAGACCCAUGUUAACUGAUGAGUUAUUUGUAUUGUGUUAGUGUUUGAAUGCAAAGGAAUGGCCAACCUUUGAACUAAAACAAUAACACAAAUAUACAAAGCAACAAUUAAUAGUUUGUUCAGGAUUAUAUUGGUAAACAAGAGGAACAUUUUGUCUUUCUGAUAGAGGGUUUACUUGAAAAGAAAGUGGUGGUAUUGUUUUGGUACGCAGGGUCUGUGUCUCCCUGGUCACAGAUUCAGGGAGGAAUAGGGAAAAAAACUUGCGUGACCAUAUUUGGGCAGAGAGAGAAAAGACUGUAGAGAAUGAGAAUAGAUCACUGUUAGACAGACUAAAAAAUAAAAAGACUUUUAGGAAGAGAACAAAUGUUUUUGGAGAUCAAUAAAUCUGAAACAAAUUAAAUUAUCGACCUGGAAAUAUUUUAAAAAUAUUUUCAUGAAUGAAUGUUAAGUGUUUGUUUGAGAGUGAAUUUUAUGUUUAAGACACGGGUGAAUUUUAUGAAUCACCUAUGAAUACAUAUUUGAAACCAAGAUCACAUGAGUGGUAGAGUUUGUAUUAUUGGUGUAGCUAAAAAAAGUGCAGAGUUCAAACGAUGUUUUAUUUAAGGGGUCUGUUUGUUUAGUUCAUGUUGAAUUAAACAGGGAGAUUGCAUUCUCUUUGAAUGGAAAACGCGUAGUUUAAUAAAGCACUGAUGUUAUCAGUAUUAACUGGGUUUAUUCUGAUGUUGCUAAAGCACACUACGAGUAGAAGGAAAAAAAGUUGAAUUGUUAGAGAGCAUAAAAUACAAUUCAAAUGGGGAAAAAGAGGUCACAAUCGAUAUCAGAGUGAUCUACAGGGAUUUCAACUUCUGCUAAGGCAUCAGAAUGCAGUGAUGCAGGAGACAAAAGCAGUGUCACUCAGAGCUACGCGAGUGAUGUGAAAUGGGAUGUUUGCACACAUGUGUACGAUGUGUUUUGUUUAUGGUGGUUACAAUUAGUAUUUUACGGAGCUUCUUGCAGGAGAGGUGAUGAUAAUUAGAUUAAUGUGAUAACUGAAACAUGAAUAAAUCGCGAGUGACAUGAGAUUAUUGAUGGUGCAGUAUAGGACUGCAGGAUUGAUGGAUUGUGAUACUGGUAUGAUAGACAGUCUGUUGGUUAAUGUUUGUGUGUUUGUCUGUGAAUAUAGGGUAUGAAUACUCUCUUGUGGAAGUUCAGCACAGGACGCUGAGCUAAUGGAAAUAUUGUGAUGCAAAAUAAAGUCAACUUCUCACUGUCUAAUACAGAACAGACAGUCGCAGUAGCAAAAGUAAUUAUGCACUCACAGUAAUACAAAUGCACUUGGUAGGAUUGACCAUGGGGAAACGCCCGUGUAAAUUAAUCAAAUAAAGAAUAUAUUCGCUGGCUUAAGCAUGAAGCAACCUGCGCCCUGGUUGGCGAAGUACAGUGAUUCCAUGUCCUCUGCCACCCAAAGAGCUCUGGGUUGGUAGAGCUUGUGGAUCACAUUCUAAAAAGGAAGCAUCAUAAACAGGUGCUCAUGAAGGUCAGGUUUAUGUGCACACACAUUUUCUUUUUCUCACUGGACUAUUUCUAUAAUAGAUCCUGAUUUAUUUUGAUCUGCUAAAAAGGAUGCUGUUAUUAAUUGCAGCAAGAAUAGGCAGUACUUUUAUUUCUGUAUGCGUUAUUGAGAAACAUUAACGUUUGAAUACAUUUCUUUGUAAACUUUCUUUUCAACUGUUAUUGUGAUAUGUGCUCUGGACGUCUUGCCAAGAAGGGAGAGAUCAAUGUAUGACUAACAUCUUACAGGACUGUUCUCAACUAGGUAAUAUCAUACAGUAUGUGGACGACAUACUGUUGCAACGAGAACUGCGGAGAAGCACUAUCUGUUGCUGGAGGAGCACGCUACUCUCAAGUUAAAUCUAAAGAAAACUGCAUUAAUGAAAUCAUCUGUUUGUUUCUUAGGAGUACAGGUGGAAACUGGAGGACACACACCUGACCCAGGAAAUAAAAAGCUGAUUAAAAAUCUGCCCCUUAGAUCUUUUUGGGCAUAUUUGGAUUCUGUCAGGACUUCAUGGAAGGAUACAGCGAACUAGCUGUCACCCUCUAUGAACACCUGAAUUGAGGCAUUAAAACAGGCACUGAUUCCAACCCCACUCAGGGUCUCCAUUCAAAUUAAAAAAAAAAAAAAAAAAAAGCGGGGGGUUGGAAGGCUGAUUGGGGAGGUCCGUAUGAGAUAAUGGACAAACUGGGAGAAACCAAUUUGAAAUUGGCAAUACAAAAAUGAGGGAGUGAAAACUGGCUUGAAAACUAGUUUCACUGAUAAGCAAGCCUGCUGGAGAACGGAAAUUCCUAAGGGUACUGAUGCAGUUAGGUUAGAGUAGUAGUUGUGAGCAAUGAAGCAGAUAGAGAUUUGUAGUUACUUUCAGAGUACAGACACAGGUCUAAGGCUUUUCUCUUCUCCUACAGGUUCAUGCUGGAACUGAUAUUUUAUAUUAUGUUCACGAUAUGGGGUGGACAUAGGCUUUGAGAAAAAUACAAGAUAGAAUUAACAGACAUUGGCGAUUCUUAGAAUUGCAAUAACAUUAUCAAUGCAGAUGAAAAAGAGACUAUUCAAGAAUUAACCUUUUUGAAAUUAAAUCAGAUAUUAAUCAAAAGAAUAAAUACUGCACUUGUUCUCCACAGGUUCCGAGAUAAUACUGAUGGCGUUUAUGUGGAAUGGAAGCACAAUGCUGUUCAUCGGAACUGAGAGGACCAUUUCAGAAGAGUUUGUGCAGAAAGUUCCAAUACACUUGUGGGACAAUUUGGAUAUGCAAACAGGAACUGUACAUAUUAACCUGCAUAACUUUACAAUGCUUGUCCAUGAUAUGUAGUAAUUAAGCUCUACCAUAUAUCUGGAACAAGAGUGUAAGUUGCUGAGAGACAGUCAUGAGGAGGUAUCUGAAACCACAGAGACAUUCUUACAUAUGGGGAACCAUUCCGGUCUGCAUAUCAAAAGAAGAAAUUAUGAUGACGUUAAAGUGACAUUUUUGGGGAUGUAAUGGGGACUGUUAAUUUCAGUUAACAUACCUGAUAAUGAAACUACGUAUUAUAAACUUGGGGUAUAGAUGUAUGAUUGGUGAAAAGAUUUGUCUUAGUUUAAAGAUACUAAAGGUAAUAUGUCAGCGAUCCUGGAGUGCAGAGAUGGGAAGGUCUCAUGUAAUUUAUUACUAAUCACAUUCAGUAAAAUAACAAAAGCUGCAAAGGUUGUACCAUUGACCUCUAGAGGCACUGGGAGUAUGGAGUUUGUGUUGUUCAUGACACUUAAGAGUGGCAUUGUUAAGACAUUGUAUCUGCCAUCCAUGGUAGGGAGGUAAAAUGGUUGGUGUCUUGCAAUGGAUUAUUUGGAGUGUUGUUAGGAACAUAAUACUAUAUUAAUAUGUACUUGUAAGGUAAUGGGACAUCCUAUGUUGAAUGGAAAUACCAAUUGAAAACAGCUGUUCUACUGAAAAAUAUGGUUACCUAUAUUAGACAUUAAUUUUGGAAAUCAUGUGAACUUUGAAUGAUAUGCUGUAGUGUUGAAUAUGUCUAAAAUGAGGCACUAUUUUAGUACUUGUUCAAUGCAUAGUGAUCAUGUUUGAAGUUAUAGUUUUAGGUUUUAAUCAGUUUUAAGUGUAUCAUAAGAUUGAGAUGGUCUAGAAUAUUGGAUUCUAGAAAGAUGUAAUUUAACAUACGGGUUAAAAAUAAUGAUGCACCUAAAUGUGUUAGAGCAACAUGAGUGUGGUUCUGAUCAAGAGGAUGGGGAUCCACAGCUGGAACAUAGAGUUUAUUCUGAGAGUACUGUAGUUUCGAAUAGAAGAUGUGAUUAUGAGCUUACAGAGUUAAACCAACACUGCACUGCGUAGCUAAAGAGCAGGACGGGUGGGUGAAAUUGGGAGGCAUAGAUUGCUGUAAGGAAUUGAGUACGUCAGUAAUUUGCACUUGUUCCAUGCGGGGUGAUCCAAUUUCUUGAAACAGGGCAGUAAACCGUACUAUCGAGGUAAAAUCACUACGAAAGUAUGUCCCCUUUGCACCCCCUACCUCGGGAAGGUAUCAUUCUCGGACCAGAAAGAAAAACUGUUUUGGAUGAUGUGAAUAUAGUAUUAUCGUAUGUAAUGUAUAAUUUCACAAAUCUAACUGUUAUAUUUGAACAGCAUUGCAAGCAACACACCAAUAUCCAGAAUUGGCUUCAAAGAGAAAUAAGUAGUACAAUAAAAGAUUACAAAGAGCGAAUAGCCGAACGAAUGUAUGAAGGUAAUGAGAAACGUAGGAAGAGGGGACUUUUUGAUGAAAUAGCAGGAUGGUUUGGUGCAGGAAAUUCUGUUGCAAACAGCUGGGAUAUUUAUCAAAUGUCAAAAGGGCAAACUUGGAUAGCAAGUGCUGUGGGAGAAGGGAUAGAAAGAUUGGGGAAUGGACAGAUGUAUGUAAAUCAAGGGAUUAGGCUCCAGGGUACAGCUAUAUAUGAGCUAAUGGAUGGAACAGAGGGAGCCCUGCACAAUUUGACCAAAGCAAUAGAUUGUAGAAUAUUUGAGGGUGACCUUUUAAAAACAAUGAAGGAAGAAAUAAUGGACAUUAGGCUAAGAGUGGUACCUAGACAUGCACAGGAGGAACUCAGGUUGAGGUUGGCAAUGAUCCACCCGGAUCAGACUGACCUCCUAGGAGCUAGUUUAGUGUGGCCAAAGGAGAAUGGCAAGGAACCACCUGGUCACAUAGGGUUCUAUCUCUCAAUACCAUACCUGGAUCCUAAUAAACAGUAUAAAGACAGUUUGAAGAUUAGACCGAUAGGAGUACUACACAAUGAGACAGUGAUAGUUUGGGAAAAGGCUACAUGGAAAGUUCAGCGAGGCAACUGGAGUGGUGUGGUGCAUGAAGCAUGUUGUUAUGAAACAAAUAGUCAUGUAGUUUGCCGGUGUCCUGCAAUCACCGGAAUUAAUAGAAAUAUAAGCACUGAAUUAGAGGUACAUCCACUAGAGGGGUGGAAAAAAGCAGUGCAGGUUGGGAAAUAUCAAUGGUGUGUGUUGAGUAACCAUACCAAUUUUAAGUAUGGUGAUUUAACUUGUCAGACUUCUCCAGGAUUUUGUUUUUCUCCAACACAUGCAGUUCAGAUUGGAGAUAUAUAUAUACCUGAACCUGAAGCAGAGGAGUUCCAAAUUACCGCUUGGUGGGAUGACACAUAUCUAGAUUCAUAUUCGGUCAUUUUUUCUCAAAUGCACAAAUUGGUUAAAAUAGCCCUACAAAGAGCGGAACAGAAGCUGCUCAAAGCUAAGGUCGAAGUUGAUUUGGCACAAUUAAAAGCCACCGUAUUGAAACGAUAUGGAUGGUCAGGGCAGGCCUUAGGGCACACUUUUGGGGAUUAUGUUGUUUUAAUAAUACUGUUAAUAAUAAUAGUAUUGAUUUUGUGGAAUAGCAUUCAGUGUUUUUGGUGGAAAAAACAACAUCGACAGUUAGAAAGGACCAUUGGCAGAUGGGAAACUGUAAACUUACUGGGAGCCACCAUGAAUAAGAAAUAAUACCUGUGUACAGUGAUAAACUGUAUUUACUGUAUGUUUACUGUAUGUUUAUUUUUCAUUUUUUGUAUUAUUUUUACGUAUGUUUGUUUGUUUUUUUUGUUUGUUUUUUGCUCAUGACAUACUUACAUGGAGAAACAGCAAAGGCAAGGUAGAUACCUACACAUAAUGGAGAGACUUAGAAUGAGAGGAACAUACUUCACUAUAAUAUAUUAUACAAACACGGUACUUGAUGUGACUACUCAGAACCAGCGAAGAGGACAUCUGAGGGCUCGGGAUCAUGUCAGCAACUUGGUUGUAGCGGGUCACCCCCCUCCAUCUUAUAUUUUAAAAGUAGGGUAUGUUGGAAAACAUGGAUCGAGAAUUGAUUAGCAGUUUGCUACGCAUGUGGACUGGCAGAGCUAUACUGGUGUUCUUUUCUGAAAAGAAACUAAUAUUGCAGAUAGCAGACUGUUUAGUUCAAAUUGCAUGUACUGCUAACAAUUGAUAAGAGACCUUGUUUCUACAAGCUUCUUGUCCAACAUUGACUGCAAGCUAACAAGAUAACAGUGCUAUGGACCAGGAGGGGCUAGGCUCUAAGACUUUUGGGAAUACAAAGCAUAAAGGAGCUAAAAGGCUCCCAGGGACUGCCGUUGGACCCAAAGGUUCACAGGGAGAGUAAGAGAUAAUACUACUGGACUUGAAGGGUCUAAGGCAGAACGGAGAGAAGAUGACAAAAACCAGAUGUAUGGACCUUUUUGGGGCACCAGGGGUUUGAGGAAUGCACUGAGUUCAGAGGUCGUCACACACACACACACACACACACACUCACACAAAAUGGAAUAUAUGGCAACAGGAUAAUGAGUUGUACCUUUUCUAUUGGUUAAGUGUCAGAGAAAGAGGAGGAGAGAGACACCUAUGCAGAAGGGUAUUUAAUGUCAUGCAACAAUUGUUAGAACGAGUAUUCUGUGUCCUGUACCUGGGACCAGACUCCCUGCAUAUUUCAAUAAACAUAACAACUGACUGAAGAAAAGGACUCUGUGCAGUUUCUUGAAUCUACUUACUCACCAUCCUCUUUUUAA